UUCCAUGGUAACGGAAGCGGUGGUGACCUGACCAGCCGCCAUGUUUAACAUCAAAUUAUUGCUGCUCGGACCGCGAGAGAGUGGAAAAACUGUUCUGGCCAAUUUUCUGUCGGAUGCAACUGAAGCCAUUGGUGGUGAUUACAGUCCAACACAAGGUGUCAGGAUUCUAGAGUAUGAAUGUCCAAAUGUGAUUGCCAAUGGGAAAAAUAUUGGUUGUGAAGUGGAACUCUGGGACUGCUCUGGUGAUCAGAAGUUUGAGACUUGCUGGCCAGCUUUAAUGAAGGAUUCCAAUGGAGUUGUCAUUGUGUUUAAUGUCGAUGUACCCAGCCACCUGAAGGAAAUCGAGAUGUUCUAUUCUUCCUUUGUGCAGCAGCCACGGUUGCAUGACUCUCAGUGUCUACUAGUUGCUCACCAUAAACCCAACUCAGCAGCUGGCAAAGGGCGACCUAAUCUUGCCCAGCACCUGAACAAAUUGACUUUGAUCCAUUCAAACCUAGAGGAUGAUCCAGAACAAGUGCGCACAGCUUUUCGGCAGUUCUUGGGGGCAGUCGUCAGUUCUCUAUCCGAGAGCAGAGACAAAGAGGAGAUGUCAAUCAUCACCUAAGAACACCACUAAAUCCUAAAGGUUUUCAAAUUUUUUGUUUGCGGUGGACUUUUCAUCAGAUCAGUAUCCAACUUGUUUGCACACCAAUCCUAAAAGACAGAGAAGUGCUUGUAAAAGUAUACACAAAUUAGGAAAUAUUUUUUGGUGAAAACCAGUCAGCAACAAAUUGGCAAUUUGCAUAUUAUCCAUAAUAUUGAUUCCAUACAAUGAUAUUAUUGGAUUUACUUAGGUUGGAGUUUCUACAGGUUGGUGUUUAAACAAUACAUUAUUGAGCAGUGCCAUACUUUUUACAGAAUACACUGGUCAGUGGCAGCAUGCCAUCAUUGUUUCUGCGAGUUGCAGGUGAUUCUUAUCAAAGCUGGCUGUUAAGUAUUUAUAAUAUCUACUUUGCAAUGUAAGUCAAAUUGGCAAUUAGUUAGGCACAUUCAGAUACCCAAACUAAACAUUAUCUUUGUGUAUAACUCUGAAUAAGCAAUACAAAUUCCAAACUCCCUGUACCUUAAUUGAUGUAUUAAAAUAUAUAUUUUGUAAAAAAAAUUGUCUGAUUUCUCCUGUGUAAUAAACAUGAAGAUUUAAACAUGAGUCUGGUACCUUAAUUAGUUAAUGAAAUAAUAAAACUGACUCUUAAAUGUGAUUCAUUUAUUCCAUGUAUUUGCCAUUGAUAUGGCAUACCUAGCAAUGGCAAUUGAAGGAUAGUGAGUGAAUUAAUUUUUUGACUGUUAUAAAUAAAUGCCUGUUUUCACUG